AUGGGCGCCUCGUCUGUGACCGGUGGCAGACGAAGGAGUACCUUAAGCUUCUUACGGCGGUUCAGCCGACAUUCAAGCCAACCGAAUGAACAGACAAUCCCCAUUUUGGGGGCAGUCAUUGAUGCUGAUGGGGAAGUCAAACAUCUUGAGACUGGUGAUGAUGCUUUCUUUGAAUUUACAGCAGCAAUAAGUGAUGCUGAUGUGAUGAAAUUAAUUGAGACGAUUCGAGAAGAUGAUGUAGAUAAAUUUUCGACAUUUGAUUACAAGCUUAUUGAGGAAAUUUCAAUGAAUGUGAAACUAACUGACUUGCCGGCUCGUAGCUAUCUGGCAGAUUCGUUUUGGAAAAGUUUGAAUUGUAUUGGACUUCUCCACUUGGUCUGUCUUCUGUCAGCUCAUUCAAUCCUCGAUAUUCUUCUGCGAAGAAAGACUCCCUUUUCAAUGACUGAGGAAAGUGUGACACCAGUUCACAUCUGUGCAGCUCUGGGAGAUUAUGUGGGACUUCGAAAGCUACUUGACGCAGAAUUUCCACACCUUACUCAAGACCAGCUCGGACGCCUACCCCUUCACUAUGCUGUUCAAACUAAUCUUCCGACAGUGAUAAUGCUACUAGCCAUAGAUACUGGUCAACUGGAUGCAGUGGAUUUUGGAAAUAGAAAGCCUCUGAUGUUUUGUCAAUAUCAUGACCACGAAACUGUCAGAGGGUACAUAAUUAAACUCAUCGAAUCAUUAAAUUAUGAGAAAAUUGAUAAUGGUCUGGGAAAUGAGAAUAAAAAAGACUUACAGGAUGCGAUAGUACGCGAUGCUCACUGGAAGUUACCCCUGAACUUUGAGGCCUACCUGUGCACUAAAAUAAGGCCAAUGUACUGAUGGGUGGAUGGAUCUAAGACUAGUUCCGUUAGGUUGAAAAGAAUUUUUAAUCAGUUACUUGCCUACAGUCUUAACAGACGCGAAUACUGUGAGUGUUCAGGUGAUUGUGCUCUCCAUGAGAAGUUCUGUGAAAUUGAGGAUCUCAAUGAACUUAUAGCAAGCCGAACCAAGGACUAUAUCAAACGUCCAACUAACACUUUUGGACAGUUUGAAACACCCUCUUCAAAUGUCAUGGCUGAGUUCGUCCGAAUAGCUGAUGACACUAGAACGGAAAAGCUCUCUUUCCUUUUCUUCGACGUUUGGAAGUUGAAGCAGCCUGAUCUUGCUCUCACUCUCUAUGGAUCAUUUCCUCCUUCGAAGUCACUUCAAAAGCGAUUCCUCAAAAUGGUCGUAACUGUGGUUCAUAAGACGCUAAGUUGGGUGAUAACAGACGGAAUUUUCGAUAGUAUUGCUGAAGUGAUGUCAGACGGAAUGCAUGGUUAUGCAGAGGCCUAUGGACUAUCAAGGCUUCAAGUCAUUGGUAUAGCUCCUUGGAGGCACCUAACGCUUCAAUCAGAGCUUCACUCUUCCAAUUAUUCGGGAUGCUAUCGAGUCAGGUUCCCAGAGAGGGAGAAGAUAGUGACAAUUUACCCACAGAUAGCACCAUUUCACACACGGUACCUCUUCGUCGAUUCUGGUGGUAAAAAUGACACCACUUGCAUUCAGGAUUUCCGUGCAAGGUUUGAAACCUGGCUUGCCAAUCUCAAUAUAGAGGUGGAGUCAUUUGAGCUCUCGCACAAUGUCCCGAUUUGUGGAAUUCUUGUGGCAGGAAGGCCAGAGCAUGCACUGGGUGUUUACCAGGCUCUACGCAAUGGUAUCCCAUUCGUAGUUAUUGCGCUGUCCUUUGCUCUUGAUUUACAGACAAAAGAAAUGACACCUUUCGUGAAGAGUUGUUUGCUGAAAGACAAGGUGCACUUCCUUCGCACUUUCGCCGAUGUUGGUUUCAACAUGCACGAAUUCGCUACCACGAAGGCUGUCGAAGAAUUGUACUCUGUGGAAACUCAACGAAAUGUAAUGUUACCUGAACAUCACGGAUUAUAA